GUGAAAACAAGUAUGCUAGCUGCAUCAACAAUUGAAAUAAUAAGCAUGUUAGAAGAAGCUCCUGAAGUGGUAAUUGGAGAUGAGAAUUUGAAGAAAGUCCUAGAGGCUAGUAAUAAGCUACUUGAGGUGGCAGAAAAACAAUCAAGAAAUGCAGAAACAAAUGCACCAUCACCCAACCAACAUAUUGUUAAUGAAGACAUUGAAAGAUUUUGGUCAAGUCCAACAACCAUCCAGGCUUUAGUGCAGAUGGAUACCAUCACAACAACUGCUGCAAAAACAAAUGCACCCGAAUCCAAUCAGAAUGUUGUUGAUGAUGACAUUGAAAAGUUUUGGUCAAGUCCUAGAAACAUUCAAGCGUUAGUGCAGAUAGAGACUGGUACGGUGGAUGGUACAGUGAAAAGAAACAUCCAAGGUUCUUUUGGUAAGAUGGCAGAAACUCCCAGCUUCAGUAUAGGGCUGACCCAAGAUAAUGCUGAUAAGGAAAUAACAAGGAUUGCAAAUGAAGAAACGGGCAGCGGUGUUAAUAUUAUAGAAGAUGGUAAUGCAAGGAAGGAAGUUGUGUUGGAAAUGGGCUGCGGUGUUAAUAUUAUAGAAGAUGGUAAUGCAAGGAAGGAAGUUGUAUUGGAAAUUAAUCCUGUUGGGAACGCAAGAGAGGUGCAGCAAGAUAGUACAGAAGAUGCAGUGAUGCUAUGUAAAAAUGCAGUCGGAUUGAAAGUAUCUGAGAUACAUGAACAGGGAUCAGAUGCAGUAGCAACUAUGAAUCCGGGGAAGAGGAUUGUAAAACCUGCAGCAGCAUUGAAAUCACCAUACUUAACUAGGAUUGUUGAUCCUAGAGAAAGUAUAACCCGUAAUGAACAUCUUGUUGCUGCAUGGAUAUUGAUAAAGAAAAAUGCUAAGAUGAAUGAGAUCGUUUUCAAAAAGGCAUUCUGGAUUCAAGUGACACGUGGGGAGUUGGUGAGUUUAAAAGAGAAGUCGCAUGUUGCACCUGGUGUAAUAAAUGCAUGGGCGUACAUUCUGAAUUUGAACGAGAGAAAUAGAAGCGAUGAUUCACCAGGCAGAAUAUUUGCAAAGGCGUUCCCUUGUCUAGACUCGCAGGCAGAUCUUGGAUACGAUAAUAAUGAUGCAUAUGUGCUGUUUCAAGCAGCGCUUGACUUUGGAUGGAAUUUGGUGGGACAACACAGUGAUAUAGCAAGUUUUGAUUUGUUCUUUUUUCCAGUAAUGCAAAUUCAUCAUGCCUAUGUAAUCUGUGUGAACACAAAGCUCAAACGUGUGGAUAUAAUUGAUAGCUCAUCCGCUAGAGUUUCAAUGAAAAACAAGUAUGGAGACAUGCCGGCUAGGAUGCUUCGUAUGUUUGUCAAAUACUUGUUGUCAAGGAACAUGACAAGCAAAGCGAAUUUUGUGAGCAAAAUGAAGCCGACUAGAUUAGCAAUGUCAUGGAGAGACCCAGAAGAUGUGUAUGACUAUGGGAUUUUGAUGAUGAGGCAUAUGGAAACUUAUAGGGGUGAGGGGCUGCUUGGUUGGAAUAUUGGAGUAAACAGAGAGGAUAGUAGUAUGGUCAAGAAAGUACUAGGUGCAUUGAGGACAAAGUAUAU